GAGAGCAGAAGAGAUUAAUUUUUCUUUCGGGUGUAGCCGAGCCGCACCUUAAUAACACAGGCAGGUAAAACCAAUGAGGUCAGAUCUAACCACUGACGAGAGGGAGGAGAGAGCGGAGAAUCAUAGCAAUCCUGUGAGAGAGACGCGUCGACUGCAAACCGCAUUCACUGGCAUUAUUAUAUUAUAUUAUUAUAUUAUUAUUAUUGACCGGAGAAUCAACUCGGCAGCUAAAACGGACAGUACACUUCAAAAAACAACGAGAGAGAGAAAAGACAGAGAGACUCCUUCAGGAUAAACCGAUCGAAGAGUUUCAUUUUUCUUUCUAGAACUCACUUCUUAACAUCGCCAAGUUUCCCGAAGUUGCGGACAAGCGAGGACCGCCGUGCGGUUCUUGUUUUCACAGACAGAGGGUAGCCAUGAGCUCUGCUGACUGCCCCCCACGGAGCCUCUCUGGUCAUUCUAAGCCCAGCGCCCGGGAGAUCUAUGAACAGAGAAAGAAGUACACAUCCAGUUUCAUAAUGGCAGACACUUCCCAAUACAGCGUGGAUCACCUGGUGUCAUUCUGCAUGGACGGCAGUGACAGUGUUCACACUGUAGAGGGCGCUGUCAGCAGGCUGGCUGCUCUCGACUCCAAAGGGAAGAUCUGGAGUCAGGAGAUGCUUCUGCAAGUGCAGAGCGGAGCGGUGACCCUGAUCGACAUCGAGUCACAGGAUGAGCUGGAGAGGUAUCCCCUGAGUGCGGUCCAGCAUUGUGACAGCGUCGUCAUGGAGACCAGAUUCCACUCCCUGCUGCUCCUCGUGUGUCAAGAGACCAGUCAGAACAAACCAGACAUACACUUCUUCAACUGCCUUGAAGUGGGGGCCGAUCUGAUCCGUGAUGACAUCACCAGUGCCAUGUCAGACUUCAGGACUGGGAAGAACUCGAAGAGACCCAACGCCCUACGGUGGUCCAAUCAGGAGAAGAUGAGUCAGCAGCUCCAAACCCCCCCUCACCCCCCUAAAACAGCUCCCAAACCCGACUCCCCCUACAGGCUGACUCACAGAAAAACACCCCCACCUGGGCUCCGCAAGCUCAGAAAAUCCCUAGUCGCGUUCUUCCGUCCUUUGGAUUAGUUCCUGGCGAAGCUGCAGAAAUCCAACGAGGCGUUUCGAAUCCUGGAUCAGCGCAAGAAGAGCAGGAAAACUAAGAAAAGAGAGGCGGGGGAGGGUCUGCUGACAGUGCGCUCCCGCCCCCCUCCCGAGGAGGAAUUCAUCGGAAACUUCCAGAAACUAAAAUACUGCUUCACUUUGCUGGCCCGGCUGAAGAAUCACAUCGUGAAUCCGAACUCCACUGAGCUUGUCCACUUCCUGUUUCAGCCGCUGGAGAUGAUGGUGAAUGCCACCGGAGGUCCUGAACUGGCUCGAGGGGUGGUGACGCCCUGCCUCUCCCAGGACGCAGUGACACUGCUGAGAGACACCCUGAACGAGAAAGAGGACGCACUGUGGAGAUCACUGGGAGAGAACUGGACACUGUCGAGGUCUGAGCUCCCGCAGGAUCAGAGGGGGCCCCCCUACACCCCCACAUUCCUGAGCGGCUGGGAGCCGGCGCCUCUCGAUCCCAACGGGAUUCCCUGGGAGGAUCCCAUUGAACUGCAGCACAAGCACGAGGCUCUGAGACUGGAGCAAUCUACCCCUCCCAGGGUUCAGCCUCCCAGUUCAAACCAGUCUCAGUUCCCAGUCACUCCUGCAACCCCUCAAAAUACAGACAGCAGGAGCGUUGAUCCGUGUGAAGAGAGUCCGGUGUACGACUUCGUCGCACGCAACAGUAACGAGCUGUCUGUGUUGCAGGGGCAGCGCUGUACUGGGGAUCUGAGAGCCGCUAAUCCAGUGUGUCUCUGUAUGCAUGUGCGUGUGCGUGUGCGUGUCCAGGUCAUCGACUCCUCCAAGCGCUGGUGGAAAUGCAGGAACAGAUUCUCUCAGAUUGGAUAUGUUCCCUUCAACAUCCUGGAGCUCCUGCGAGACAGAGAGGUAGCAACGGAGCCCAGCCUGCGGGAGGAGGAGGGGAAAACUCCCCCCCCCACCUCCCCCAAGAAAUCUCCUCGUUUGAACCGUGGGCCGGCCCCACAACUCAACCGGGAAGCAGUGGAGGGGCCUCCAGCGGACCCCCGAGAGAGAGAUCAUGCCUCUCAGAUCUCUGUUAUGAAUGACGAGCUCUUGCUCAGGAUUACUAGCGGCCGGACGGCCCCCCAGAGAGCCCUGCACAUCCCCCGCUCCGCAGAGACCUCGGCCCCCCUGGACUACGACUCCCCCCCAUCGGAGGUGAGAGACUGGCUCGAGGCCAAGCGCUUCAACGAGGGCACUGUCUCUGCUCUCGGGAUCCUCACCGGCGCUCAGCUGUUCUCUCUCAAUAAAGACGAGCUGCGCUCCGUCUGUCCAGAGGAGGGCGCCAGAGUGUACAGUCAGAUCAUGGUGCAGAAAGCACUACUGGAGGACGCUCGGAUGGAGUCAGAGCUCGAGUCUGUGAUGCAGAAGCAGAAGAAGAAAGUGGAGCAGAAGCUGGAGGAUCAGUUGAACCCGGAGCACCCUGCUAUACUGUAACGACUGGACUGCUAGAGUUCAAUACAGAGACAUACACAGAUAUAAUACACUGCCCCCUGGUGGAGGAGACUAAUACAGCCCUGAGAAAUAUAGCUAGACCUGAAUACAUUAACCUGCAGCGCACUGCCGCCCCCUGGUGGAUUGAGACAACUAUAACAGGAAUGCUAUCGAACACAAAUGUGAUUUCAUCCAUAUUCAAUUAUUUUUUUAACGUGUAUAUAUGUCUCUCUCUCUCUCUCUCCUCUCUCUCUCUCUCUCUCUCUCCUCUCUCC